ACCGUCUCUUGUGCUUGGUCUCGUCAGUAACGCCCCUUCGCAGCUCUUUCGGUGCUCUCAACAAACUCUUUCCCUACACUCUCUUCUUCGCCGAUCUAAAGCUUAAUCUUCAGCCAUGGCCACCAUCAAAUCCAUCAAGGCUAGACAGAUCUUCGACAGCCGUGGUAAUCCCACAGUUGAGGUCGAUGUGACAUUAUCAGAUGGUAGUUUUGCUAGAGCAGCCGUUCCUAGUGGUGCAUCGACUGGAAUUUACGAGGCUCUCGAGCUAAGAGAUGGAGGUUCGGAUUACCUUGGAAAAGGUGUAUCAAAGGCUGUUGACAAUGUCAAUUCUAUCAUUGCCCCUGCUUUGAUCGGAAAGGACCCAACUGAGCAGGUCGCUAUCGACAACUACAUGGUUCAACAGCUUGAUGGAACUGUUAAUGAAUGGGGUUGGUGCAAACAAAAGCUAGGUGCAAAUGCAAUAUUAGCAGUGUCUCUUGCUGUCUGCAAAGCAGGAGCUAGUGUCAAGAAAAUCCCUCUCUACAAGCAUAUUGCAAACCUUGCUGGCAACAAGAAGUUGGUGUUGCCUGUUCCUGCUUUCAAUGUCAUUAAUGGUGGUUCCCAUGCAGGAAACAAACUUGCAAUGCAGGAGUUCAUGAUUCUUCCUGUUGGAGCUUCCUCAUUUAAAGAGGCCAUGAAGAUGGGUGUGGAAGUAUAUCACCAUUUGAAGUCGGUGAUUAAGAAAAAAUAUGGUCAAGAUGCAACUAACGUUGGUGAUGAAGGUGGUUUUGCUCCUAAUAUUCAGGAGAACAAGGAGGGUCUUGAAUUGCUCAAGACAGCCAUUGCUAAGGCUGGAUACACAGGCAAAGUUGUUAUUGGAAUGGAUGUUGCUGCCUCUGAGUUUUAUGGAUCAGAUAGCAAGACCUAUGACCUGAACUUCAAGGAAGAGAAUAAUGAUGGUUCACAGAAGAUCUCUGGAGAUGCUCUCAAAGAUGUCUACAAGUCAUUUGUGGCUGAGUACCCUAUUGUGUCAAUCGAGGACCCAUUUGACCAAGAUGACUGGGAGCACUACGCCAAGCUAACCAGUGAAAUAGGGAAAGAAGUGCAAAUUGUGGGAGAUGAUCUCUUGGUCACCAACCCCAAGAGGGUAGACAAGGCAAUCAAGGAGAAAACUUGCAAUGCUCUUCUUCUCAAGGUGAACCAAAUUGGAUCUGUAACAGAGAGCAUUGAGGCUGUUAAGAUGUCCAAACGAGCUGGGUGGGGUGUCAUGGCAAGCCACCGCAGCGGAGAAACUGAGGACACUUUCAUUGCUGAUCUCUCUGUUGGUUUGGCCACGGGUCAAAUUAAGACAGGAGCUCCUUGUAGGUCAGAGCGUCUUGCAAAAUACAACCAGCUUCUGCGAAUCGAGGAGGAGCUUGGUUCAGAGGCAGUCUACGCUGGAGCACAGUUCCGUGCACCUGUUGAACCAUACUAAAUUACAAAAAGUGUCGACUUCUUUGCGGGAUUUAAGCAGCGGAAUUUCAGUAGCGGUGAAUAAGUUCCAUCUGUAGAAUGGCUUCAGUCUUAUGAAACUUCAAAUGGUUUUGGCAAUAAUUUUCACAGUUUUGUUUGGUGAGCUUGAAACAGUGCUUUGUACUGACUGUUCUGGAGAACUGCAUGUUCGAAAAUAUGUAGAAUUUGAGUUGCAUCUCGAUGCUAUCAAAAAGUUUAUGGGAUGGUUUUAUCUCUUUUUGA